AACAUGGAGGAGAGAGAAGCGCUGAAGAGGCAAAUUGAACAUCUACAAACACUCAUCAAUAAUCAUAAGAGCAUCCAUGGCGACACCCCAUAUGCAAGAGUUGUGCAGAGGCAGCCAGAAGCUCCAACAUCAGCCAGAGGUCGCAGCACAUCUGUCAUCCAUCCUCACAGCUCCAGAGGGAGACCAUAUGCUCCUCACACCCAUGGAAGUUGGAGGAAAACGUACUCACUGAGAAACAAGAACCCCCAGCCCUCUGCUGGACAUCCCCCAGCUUCACCCUCCUCCUCUGUUCAUCAGUCUAGUUCCCACAGUACGUUUCACAGCACCUCACUGCCCGGCCACAGCAGAGGAGAAGAGAGUGUUAGAGUCAAAACUGCCACUUUAUCGUCAGGGAUCUCUCAACAGAAGAGAGAAGGACAAACAAACAUCACAGGGGUUAGGGGAGUCGCAACAGAGGAGAAAAACACAGACGCUCUGAGAAAAACAGGGGCAGCUGUGUCUCAGCGUGGAGAUGGAACAGGAGGUUCAAGCUCAACGGGCACUAGUAUGCAACAUGAAACGCCUCACAGACAGAAUCAAGAAUUUCAGCAGAUGGCUCAAAGGAGGCAUGGAGACCUGCCAGAAAAGAAAGUCAGUGGUUCUUCAGAAGUGCCCUCUUCUGUCAAAGCCAACACCUCAACCAGUUUACAGGGCAGCUCUCACGCACAGACCAAACCUUCCCCGACAAGCAAAACCAGCACUGAGGGUAAACGGGCUAUUGAUACAACAACUGCAGCUAUUCUCCCGACUGGCAAUACGUCUCACACAAGCCAGGGCCAAAACAGUACACCUUUUUUGAAAAAAUCCAAGUUCACUUGGGUAAAGAGCCAGAAUGUGGGAGGGGCGGAGCCCAAACAAGCUAGCUCCUCACCCACAGGUAAAGCUGCAACUGUUGCUCCAACGUCAAUCUCAAAAGUUGCCAGCGGAAGCUCCCCCUUAUUCCCAGUCACUAAGAGAAACCCUGCCAAGAAGUUACCUCGAAAGCUGAGCCUGGUCACUGUAGCCCCCAAGACCUCCAAGUACAAAUGGGUGUCCUCCUCUGCUGGAGCCCAAGCUAAACUAUCUCGAAAAUCACUGUCGCCCAAAGCCUUGACUCCUUCCCAGAGAGCUCUGGAGAAGGGAGAGGCCACCAAGAAACUCAGAGCAGUCUCUGCUCCCUCCGCUAAGAUAAAAAAGGGAAUUGCAGGGGCCUCUACCAACUCCUCACUGGGUAGCCGUUACCGCUGGAAGGCUGGAGGUCAGAGUACCUCGGCAGCAGUGGCAGGAGGAGCAGCAGUGGCCCGUCGCAGAUCUGCCUUCCACUGGACGUCAGAAAAAAGCAACAAAGGAGUGAAGGGAGGACUUGUUGGUUCCCCCUCUGUAACCCAUCAUACCUCCCUUAUGCCGUCCUCCUCCCCUGGUGGGUUCAAGCUCCGCAGCACGAUGAAAAUCAUUAGGAAGUCUGCUAGUAGUGGAGCCGGGUCAGAGAAGGUGACCGGCCCAUCAGCAGUAAGGUACUCCCCACGCGGCCGCAUGCACACCCUGACCAGGAGUCCCAUUGGAGUUAGGAGGGCUCCCUCCAGGGAGCUUGUGUCUUUUGGUAGACACAAGUUGAGGAGGCUACCCCCUAGCUUCUCAAGGACAAACUUUUAUACUGAUCCGUCAACUUUGCUGUGCUCAGGUCUCACCCCCUUCUCCCACCGUGGGCCCGCCGGAGGCCACCGGAGCCCCGCCUUUCAGCGCGUGUUCAGGACACACGACGGCAUGGUGACCUGCUCGGGCUCCAGCACCAGACACGCCCUCCACUACAACCCCGCCCUGUCUUGGAGAGCCAAGAGGAUCCAGUCUGCCAGGAGUUUCCUUCAGAGCCGUCUGCGAGCUCCCCACUACAGACACCCGUCAGCCACUCAGCAGUGGAGGGGAAGCGGCAUGUGCUGGAUUCAUGGCUCCCUGUACCGGGUGUCAGCCAAUAAGCUGUCCCGCACCGUAGCAUCCAGCAUGUCGAUCAACCGAACAGGAAGGUCUUUCAACACCACCCAGGUCUCAUCCAUGAUUCCUGCUUCCCACCGACCCUCCAGUACUCGUCAUUUAGCCAGCCGUGCUGUCCAGCGGAGCCUUGCCAUAAUCAGACACGCUCGUCAGAAGAAGCAGCUGAAGCAGUACUGUAUGUACUACAACCGCUUUGGCAAGUGCAACCGUGGCAACAGCUGUACCUACAUCCAUGACCCAGACAAGGUGGCUGUCUGUACCAGGUUUCUGCGAGGGACGUGCAAGCAGGCAGAUGGGACCUGCCCAUUCUCCCAUAAGGUGGCUAAGGAGAAGAUGCCGGUGUGUUCCUACUUCCUGAAGGGAAUCUGUAACAACAGCGACUGUCCUUACAGUCAUGUCUAUGUGUCCCGCAAAGCUGAAGUGUGUGAGGACUUUGUCAAAGGCUACUGUCCUGAGGGAGAGAAGUGUAAGAAGAAACACACUCUGGUGUGUCCAGACUUCUCAAAGACGGGAUCCUGCCCUCGAGGAGCCCGUUGUAAGCUUCAGCACCGCCAACGAGCCAAACGAAGCGCCAGCAACGCCUCCACCACCCCAGCCAAGAGACCCCGAACCAAAGAGCCCUUUAAGAGGUCCCGCCUGUCUGUCGUCAUCCCACAGGGCUCUCAGGCAGCUCCAGGGACGCCCACCAAAGGUCCUCUGGAACUGCCGUCCUUCAUCUCCCUCUCCAGCUCCCCAGAGGAGGCAGACGCACCAGACACACUGCUGGCUGAGACCUCAAAAGUUAAAGAGAAAAAGCUGCAGAUCAAGCCUCGGCUGUGAGACGACAGAGACCAGCAGCAGCGAAGGUGAAAAACACCUAAAGACCAGUGAUGUCUGUGCUCCAGGUUUGUCCUGACAGGUGUAUCUGUGUCUCUUCCCUCUGAAUUUCCUCACUCAGGGCCUGAAAGUUUCUUCUAUAUCAGUAAUUCUGUUGCAUAUCUCUGGGUGUUUACAAUGCAGAUUUUCUCAUCAGGUUUUGUAAAUUUUAAAAUGACAAAUAAAAUAUCAGCUC